UCUUCUCCCCGCAAGACGGUCGACGACGCCCAGAGAAAAACGCCAGCUCCGUCCGCCGUCUCUGCUCGCAGAUGGCGUCUGGAUCCGCUUCUUCCGGCGGCUCCGUUCCACUUGGGUCCUUGUCUGGAUCCACUUCUUCCGGCGACUCUAGCUCUCGGAGGGGGCUCAUCUCGUGCUUGCACAGCCUCAACUGCCGCCACGAGUAUGCGCCUCUUCCCCACGACGACGAUUUGUGCCAAGCCACGCGCAAGCUCAUCGUCGGUCACUACGACGAGGCGUUCCGCCGGCUCCGGCUGCCCUGCAAGGCCAUGCCCGACCUUUACGGCCUCCUCAGCACCGACAGCCUCUGCAUCGGCCCCCUCGACCCCGUCUCCAACAUCAUCCUCAACACCCUCGCCCUCCUCCCCACCACCCUCGUCGAAGUCGAGGCCAAGACAGAGUCCGAUGAGGCGGAGUCCGACGAUGAGAGCAUGAGGUCCAAGAGAAAGAGACACGGACCCGGUUUCGACCCCUGGCACGAGGUUGCAUGCAGGUCCGCCCAGAGUCUCAUGGCUUUCCUUGUGGCAUACUUCGGAUGCAUCAACGAGGCACAGGCCUUCCGCUACCUCUACAGGGCCGGCGCCAAUCUCCUCCUCGCCGUCAUGCUCGUCCAGCACGACCUCUACCAUACCAAGGAGGAGGCACUGGACCCUGAAUCCGACAGGACCAAGGCCGCCCUCAAGUUGGCGGCCACCAGCGCAGGCCACUGUUCGCCCGCCAUCUUUGCUCAGGUCAUGGCAAUCCGGCUCAAACAGGGCGACCUCGACCUCUUCAACCAGCAUCUGUUUUCGGCCAAUGACCCUCUCACGGCUGAGGAUGCCCAUGAAAUCCACCGUGGGUUGCACAUGAUGAUGACCCCGAUGUGUGUUGCCAACAUUAGCAACAGCAAAGAUGGGCUGGUUGUCCAUGCCCGUCACAACCUCGACGACGGCGCUAUCUGGUCCGAGACAAAGCCCCUUGUCUCUUCUAGUGCAGCAGCUCACACCAGGAUCACCUCCACCACCUUCCGCUGCGAUGGGACCGCCAUCUCGUCUCUGCAGUCCGGACUGCCUAGCAAGCUGCAAGAUUGCCUGACGAUAGCAGAUUUCCAGAAACACAUUCUCAUCGCCUCGUGCGGUGGCGACAACUGCGAUUACCUGCGGUCUCUCAAGAUGUACCUCUAUGGCAUGAUUCACAACCUGUACGUCCAGGCCUUCAAGAUGUUGCGCGCACCCUCGGGCUCCACCAUGCGCAGCAUCCUCAUGGCCGGCCAUUGCUAUGGCCCCUGUGACCCUCUCUCCAACAUCAUCAUUAACUCAGUCUGGCAUGAGACGUGUGGCUCCGUUCUCCCGGCUUCUGACCGCAUGAUGUUGAAAGAGUACAAUGACAUCCUGGACCCCCUAUCUCUGCUCCGCCUAGUUGUCCGUUCCCUCGAGGGGCUUGCAAACCUUGCCUUGUCCGUCGACCCCCAAUCCUCAAUUGCUCGUGCUCUGGAGAAACUCUGCAGUGCAAGAUGCGACCUUGUUGACAUGUUAUCGUCUGCACCAAAGAUUGAUGAAAUCCCCUUCCACGAGGCGGCCAUGGCUGCUAGACAGCCGCUGCCCCUUCAGCUAGGUGAAUUUCACCGGAUGCUGCUGCUCAAUCCUGAAGCCCGAAAACUCCUGGUCUCACAUAUAACCAAGGCGCAAACCAGCGGUGUUGUGUUGUUCUAUGAUAAAAUCAGAGAAGAUGUUGUUGCGCUGUGGCGUGUUUACAAAGCAGCACCCUGGUAUCAACCCCCCGUGCAAGCUCCUGCUCCUGAACUUAGUGUAGAGGCCUUGAGGCGGGUAUCAGACAUGAGAUCACAGUAUGAGUAUUGGAGGAGCUGGCUGCGUUCGAAGAUUGAACAGGUGCUCAAGGAUUACACGGACCAUCAUUUUUGGGGACCAAAGUAUGAACUUGAUUUUAUAAUUGGUGCGGAUCAAAGACAGGAAGGCUAUGCCCCUUCACUGAUACGUGCUACCUAGUGAACUUCAUGGCAACUUCUGAUGAGAAUGUUCCGAGGACCCUAUUUUACGCCGAGUUGUGGUGCGUAACACGCAAGCCAAGGACAGCAGCAUUCUGCUGCCCUCUGCCCUAUGCAUAUGCGGGACGUUGCUACUACGACAUGAUUUGCGCAAGGAAGAUUGUGUAUCCAGAUGACGCCAAGUACAUUGACGAUGAUAUCACCCAUAAGGGAACCCGCAGCGUGGAUUUCAUGCUAGAGAUGGACCUCGUGCACUUCAGUUCCGAGUUGGACGUGGAGCUCGCGCGGAAUUUGAACAUGCCGGAUUCACAGGAUGAGCCGAAUGAGCCCAGUUCAGAUUCUUCAUGGGCGCCGGAUGAGAGCAGUCCAGAUUCAGAUUCAGAGGAUGAGUCUGUGCCUCUGGAUGAGUGAGUCUUUUCUCCUCCGUGGCCACUGCUAGAUACGAGUGUGUGAUGCUAUCAGCUGUGAAGUGAGACCAUAUAUGAUGCUUCCUGCUGUGUGUGUUAUGAUGUCCUAAUUAAUUAGCGAGCAUUCUGCCAUCAGCAAGUGGACACUGCGCUGUGACAUUCUGUGUACUGAAGCACGUUUGGUUUCCA